CUUCAAUGCGUUUCUAUUUGAAGAAUUACGGUUGGCGCGCUGACGCUGUGUAAAACAGGAACUGAGCCAUGUGUUAGUGUUACUUGCGACACACGAGAGUUUUUUGCCCGGGAUAUUAAGGUACUCAGAUAUUGAACAGUUUCACAAACACAUCAUGAUAACGCCGGCAUUUGAGCUGAGUCAAGACUCAGACUUCCUGACGCUGGUGGUCCGCGUUCCUUACGCGAGAACAUCCGAGUUUGACGUCUACGUCGAUGGAGAGGACUUCAAAUUCUAUGCUAAGCCCUAUUUUCUCAGGUUGACUCUGCCUGGAAGGAUAGUACAGGAUGGUAGAGAAAAGGCUUCAUUUGACAUUGAUAAAGGUCUCUUCACAGUGCGAGUCCCUAAGGAGACAGCAGGACAGCACUUUGAGGGACUACAAAUGCUGACCAGUCUUUUAGCCCCCAAAGGUUCCAGGUCUGCACAGCCUCUGGUUGAAGAGAUCGGAGCAUGCAGCAUGAGUGAGGCAUGUCAGGAAGAUAAAGAUGAAGAAGACGAUUUUGAUUGGCAGCUGGAACAGCAGCCGUACAUUGAGUCAUCAGAGGAAGACUUGAAAAAGCUGCAGAAAUAUGGCUUUGGAAACCUCAGGACCGGGGUUUUCUCUCGACUUCAGGAGGAGCUGUCAGAAGUGAUUGAUGUGGAAGACCCAGAAAACUCCACCCCUGCCGAGAGGAGAUCUGAUCGUUUGAACGCAGAGACCACCAUAUUCUGUACAGACCAUUAUCUGUGUGAGUUAUACGAAGGUGAGGAGAUGAGGAAAGUCCAUCUCGAUUUUAAGCCGUGGUGGAGUGAGCUAAAGCCAGACUCUGACGCUGAAACUACUGUGACUUUCACCGAUGAAGAAAAAGAACAAAUGAGAAAGUUCACAAAUCGUUCCUAUGUGCUGGAUAAAGCAACUAGAUAUCAUGCCUGGCUUAGUCUAGUGGACAUCAUCCUGGCCUAUGUCUAUGAUGUACGCACUACAGAAGGAGAACACAACGUGGAGUCGGCAUGGACCAUCAGAAAAAUCAGCGGGACUUUGAGCUGGCUGGAGACGUAUCACUCUCUACCUGAGGUGCUUGUAUCAUUUGGCCGCAGGUUGCUGUGUUACCCGCUGUACCGCCACUUCUCUCUGAUCACCAGGGCCAUCCAGGACGCCGCUCACAUUUUCCAGGGUGGUAAGGCCUUUGUCCUGAAAUGCCUGCUAGCCAUCCACAAAAUCUUCAGAUCCAAUGAGCCGGCCUACAUCCUCAAUGACCUCUACAUCACAGACUACUGCAUUUGGAUCCAGGGGGUUAAGUCCAAGCACAUGGUGGCCCUGGCUGAAGCAUUACACAAAGCAGAGCUGCACAAAAAUGACCUGGAGCUUGAGCUGCAGAUUCUGGAGGAAGCCGCUGAGAUGGUGGUGGAAGAGGAACAUGAGGAGCUAGUAAAGAAAGGGCAGCAGGAGCAAACGAAACAAUGCGAAGAUGAGGAUCAUGACAACAAUGGUGAGGAGGAGCAAAAAGGAGUACCAGACGGACUAGCAAUGACUUGCCCCUGCUCCCAGGAGCUUGAGCAUGGAGAAAGUCUGAUCUGGGAGCUGGGAGAGAGGCUGGAGGAGGAGCCGAGUAUCAGGGAGGACGUGCCUCAAAUAACCGUUCCCUCCAGCAGCACAGUGAGAGAGGGAGAGGUGGAGGGAUUGAAAAAGACAGACGACUCCCAGUUCCCUGAAGCUCCGGAUGGAAUUAAAAUCGCAAAAGCAGCAAGUGACACGGAUCUGGAAGAGAACCGGCAGUGUAACAUACGCAUCUUGAAUACUGAGGAACUAGACAGCGACGAUGAGGAUGAGGACCAGCUGAAUCAGUGAGUGCUCACAGGGAUCCACGAAGACAAACUGGACUGUCUUUCUUUCAUUUUGUUUAUACCUGAAUUGAAACACUUAAAAUGAAUGUAGUAAUGUAUACUUUUUUGCAGUACAGUUGAUUUGACUUGUUAUUUUUCCGACUUCAUUUCAAUCAUAGAUGAAAUUUAUUUGAGAUUUUUUACUGGCUUUGUUUAUUAAAAAUACUGCUCCAUAAAGUUGUAGUUCUUAAUAUAAAUUCAGACACCACCUGCAUUUAUUCUGCUUCUCUUUUCUCUGUAACUUCACAUUUAAAGGCCUUGUCAUUUUUGGAACAUGCCGAGCCGUCAUCAUGUGUGACAGUGUCAGUGCUCAGAUACUUUUUUUUUUUUUAUUGUUGUUGAAACCAAACCCGCACUCCUGUCAGCCCUCCAUGCUGACUAAUGGAAGAUUAGCUUGUUUCAGUUACGCUCUGUCGUCUCUCCUUGGAAGUAAAACAGCAAGGGGCAGUCGCUGAACGAUAAACGAGGAGGGAAGGCAUAUCAGCAGGAAAUGUCAACUUCAGCCCUGAGUAGCUCUCUGGGGAAAGUGGCUAAAGCUGGGAGAGAUUGCAGUUCCAGCUGAGCUAUUGCUAAAGAUGUUACACAGCCAAAAACCAAUUUUUUCUUUCUUUUUUUUUUUUUUGCAAAGACAUCCAUUUUGGUGGUUUAUCAUUUUGCAUCCUUUUUAAAUUGACAGCUAAGUCCCAGAUGUUUCCCCCACUGUUCAUUUACUUUUUAACCAGGACACUGAAACAGACAUUUUCAAUCAGUAUAAACAAAUGAAUUAUUUUAUAGCCACGAGUCUAAUAUUAAAGUAGUCAGGACUCAAUAGUUGGAUUUCAGUGUGAGGUGUUUUUACCUCUGUUGGGAUAAAUUUACGCAGAAUUUUAGUGGUUGAAUAUAACGGCUUACAUUUUUACACCCAUAUGUACAAGAACUUGGAGCCUCUCAGAGAGCAGAAUUUAAUAUCACUGUUUCCUUAGGAACUUUUCUAUGAAAAUAUUUUCCCUAGUAGGCUAGGUAGAAAGAGAAAAACUUAAAACUUAGACACAAUCUUAAAGUCCUGAGUGUCUAAUAUCAUAUGAGCCAUUAACCACCACUGGGGAGUGAGACCUGACAAAGACAUCCAAUGGUGAUCAGGUGCAAAUUCGAUUUUUUGGCUUCUGGUAAAAAAGAGUUAAAGCAAUCAAAAAGCCUCAUGCUGUUUUAUGAUUUGGUCCACUAAUAUUGUCAUUUGGACUUGUGUGAUGAUUAAAUUUUACUAGCUCAACUA